GCACUGUAAGUCUGAGUGAUGAGUGCCAUGUGAGAUUGCCUUUGCGGUACGUGCUCGUGUCUCGGUCGUUUGGACCCCUCCAUCGCCAACUUGGUCCCCGGCUUCGUUAGUUCCUACUCAGCAACCACGCCAAACAUCGCGCAAACAAUCCCAUUGCGCCACCAGACUCGCACCGGCGAAUCCUCCCAAGACAGCAGCACAAUGUCUAGGUCAUCGGCCCUCGGCUCCUUCGUGGAGUCUGCACCUCCUGGCGAGCUUGCGGACGUCACCAAAGCAAUCAAGUCGAUUCUCGGAGACAACAAUGUCGAAUCUGAGCUUGCGCCCGCAUAUCAGACGUACAACGAAGAGCAGUUCACGACGACGAAGCUCCCCGGCGGCAGCACCGAGGUCCUGAUCAGCCCCUACAACUCGCUGGGCGACGGGCGCUACUACGAUGUCGAGACACAAAGCUCGUUUGAUUUCGACCAUGCAACACAGAAGGCUAGCGCAGUCCAAAGCUACGUGGUUGAGUCGCAGCACGAAGACCUGGUCAAGAGCCUCGUCAAGAGCCUCGGAUCCCACACGGCCGAGCACUACCCCAAGUCUUCGUACGGCGUGUUUCCCGUCGAGGACGACUCCCAGCUCGCUCUCGUGACCGUCGCAAACAAGUACUCGCCCACGAACUACUGGAACGGCCGCUGGCGCUCGUCCUACUCGUACAACCCCUCGUCCGGCAGCUUGACCGGCACGGUCAAGGUCGACGUCCACUACUACGAGGACGGCAACGUCCGCCUGCUUACGAACAAGGAUGUCAGCCUGAACGUCAGCUCUGGCGCCAGUGCGAGUGAGAUUAUAAGGCAGAUUGCAACGGUCGAGCGCAAGUACCAGGAGGACCUCAACAAGGCGUUUGGCAGCUUGAGCGAAGGCGCUUUCAAGAGCCUGAGGAGACAACUGCCAAUUACAAGGCAGAAGAUCGAAUGGGAGAAGAUCAGCGGAUACAGGCUGGGUCAGGACAUUGGUGGUGGUGGCAGGCGGUGAGCAAGAGCGGGACGCAGCAGCCUGAUGGCCGCUUGAUCUUCUUUACCACAUGCGGCUGCGUACGGCUAGAUGAUAGGAGUCAAACAAACUCAUGCAGAUUCGGCUGUCCUGUACGAGGUCCGCUUUGGACUUGACACGACUAUAGAGCAUGAAGAUUCUGGAGCCACAAGGGAAGGUGCACUGCCAUUUGAUGUGUCCAUUGUGGAAGCGUGAUCGAAGUCGUCCGAAUAAUCUCGAGGGCGAGGGAAGGCCGCCCACAGCUGGAGAAGGUUCCACGGC